AUGUCCCCGAGCAACGAAGAGGCCGAGGCCCGCCUCAAGGCCCGGAAGCCCAUCCCGAAGCCGAAACCAGCAUAUCUGCCCGUUGCUGGAUCGCCUCUAGCGGUGGAUCAAGACCUCUACCGCGCUAUCGCCCAGGCCCCGCGCAUCCUCCUCGAAGAGUUUGUGCUCCCGAUCCGCUCUGGCCGGGCGUGGAGGGCACCCGCCGGGUCCAUCGUGCGGAUCAGCACACCCGAGGGCCCGCAGGUUGGCGACCUAAACCUGUGGAACGCGCACAACCCGCGCGAGCACUUCUGGGCCGCGCGCACGAAGCAGCUGCACGCGUCGCACGUGUCGACGUACGACCGGCUGUGGUCGAAUCUGCCGUAUAUGCGGCCGAUGGCGACAAUCAUCGGCGACAGCUUAUCGUGGUACGGCGUCGAUGAGACUGGCGGGCGGGUGCACGACUUGCUUGGCACUGGGUGCGACGGGUACAUCUCGAGCGUGCUGACGGCGGGCGAGGUCACAGACGAGGAUGAGAACGAGUACGGGGGAAAGGAGGACGGGCGGAACUAUUAUGACUUCCACUGCCGCUCGAACCUGACGCGGGCUGUGCUGCCGUUCGGCUUGAACGAGAGCGACGUCCACGACGUGAUCAACAUCUUCCAGGUCACCGGCCUCGACGAGCACGGCCGCUACUUCAUGAACCCGUGCCCGGCACAGAAGGGCGACUACAUCGAGUUCCUGGCUGAGCAGGACUUGCUAAUGGCCCUGAGCACCUGCCCCGGUGGCGACCUAUCCCUAUGGGGUUUCGGAGCCGCCAGCGAGAAAGAGAUGAUCAAGUGCUGCCGGCCCUUGCAGGUCCAGAUCUUCCGGAUCGGUGAUCAACAUCUGCUGCAGAGGGGCGGGUGGCGGCCCGCCGUGCCGGCGCCGUACAGAGGGAUGCACGGCAUGUUCGUGCCCGAGGGUGAAUAUCAAGCCACGAAGUGAUACAAGGUGCCUGAUAAACCACACCCUCUCACGCCGCACAGCUAGCUAUAUAUGCCUAGGUAUCUUCUUCUAGACCUGCGAUGUGCAAGAUCCGUUUGUUGUCCCACGUCCCCGGGAUCUAAGCACAAAUAUCCUAAACGUAGAUGCAGAUAUACGCAGCACAUCGACUCUCUCAUCAUGGGUAUUCCGCCGAAUACAUACCUGCUCCCGCCACUACACCAGCCCCGGGAUCUAUUCGUAGGUAAAUGCGACUUAGAAGGAGAGGCGCCCAGCCGCUCGCUCAAGCAUCAUUCUCCCAAACCUUCCACCCCUUGCCUACCCCCCAUUUUCCUCCUCUAGCCUUCUCUAUCCUUCCCCCCUCUUUCCUCUUCUACUCUACGUUCCCGUUGAACGCGAGCAGGUUGUGGCUGGACCGCGAAUUGGCAAUGACAUCGGGGGUCGCGAGCUCUUGGAUGCGCUCGCACAGGGCGCCGGGGUCGCGUGGCCCCUCGAGGCGCAUCAGGUAAGCAGCGAGGCCGGCGACGUGGGGCGUAGCCAUCGAGGUGCCCGAGAGCGUAGCGACGCUGCCGUUGUUCCACGUCGAGACGACGCCGACGCCCGGCGCGAAGACGUCGACGAGCGACCCGUAGUUCGAGAACACAGCUCGCUCAUCACUCGGGUCCGUCGCGCCGACCGUGCACACCGUUGGCUCUGACGCCGGCGUGUACUGCGACGCAUCCACGUUACCGUUGCCC